AUGGAAACAUACCUGGACGAGACAUUGUCGCGUCUCAUCACCGCAUUUCACAUCCUCCACCAACAUGGAGUCCUGGCCGAGCACGGUCAUAUCUCGAUUCGGAAUCCCUACAACCCUUCAACCUUCUUCACCAGCAACAUGCCGGCCAUUCUGGUCGCAUCCAAGGGCGAUCUCACCCAGUGGAAUGUUGACGGGUCUCCGGUGGCCGUCCCCUACAGUGGGUGUCAAGCCGUUCAGACCGUGCCCAAAACCACCGAGCACUACAUCCACAGUUGCAUUUACGAGCGUUACCCGGGGGUGCAGAGCAUUGUUCAUGCACACAACCUGCAUACCAUUGUGUACGGGCUGUGUAACAGCUACGGAAGUUUGCUGCAGCCCAGCUACCACAUGGCAGGCUUUGUCGGCUCUCAAAGUCCAAUAUUCAAUCCUGCCGACCACUUCGCUGGCCUGCCUCCCACCCAUCCCCACAAUUUCCUGAUCAAUCACAAACACCUUGGUAAUGCUCUGGCGAGGUCAUUUGCCGGCGCCGAUGACAUGGACGGAAUGGCUUCUGUCCCCGUUCACAGCGUAGUCUUUCAACGAGGCAACGGAUUUGUCACCUGGGCACGACGUCUCGAGGACGCCGUGUAUCGGGCUAUUCACGUGAGCCGAGCGGCCGUCAUCCAGUCAAUGGCCAUGUCUCUCCGGUGUGACACGGACCUGGAGAUACUGUAUUUAAAUGAGAAGGAAGCGAAAGAUUGCGCCGAGACCAUAAACCGGGCGUUUCCACCGAUCUGGGCCGCAUGGGUCGCCCAGGUUGAGCGGUCGGGUCACUACCAUAACGAACUGAAGGCCAGGAGAGGAUAG